CGGCCGGCCGCCCGCCUUCCUCCGCCAUGUGCUCUUCGCUGCCGAGCCCGGGCAGCUGCCUGUCUCUGCGCGUGUCCUUCGUGGAGCUCCACGCGGAGGCUCCGCUGGUGCGGCUGUGGGGCCUCCGCGGCGAGCGGCGCGAGGAGUACCUUCGGCUGGCCGAGGAGGUGCAGGCGCGGGCGGGGCCUCGGCUGGCGGCGCUGCCGGGCGCGGGGCCCCUGGCGGCGGGCGAGCUGUGCCUGGCGGAGGCGGGCGGGCGCUGGCGGCGCUGCCGGGUGCUGGGCCUCCUCCGCGCCGGCCCCGCGCCCGCCUACCGCGUCUUCCUGCUGGACGAGGGCCGCACGCUCAGCGCCGGCGCCCAGGCCCUGGCGCGCGGCCCCGCCGAGCUCUUCCAGCUGCCCUCCGAGGUGCUGGGCUGCGUCCUGGCCGACCUGGCGCCGCCCCAGCGCCGCAGCUGGCCGCCGGCCGCCGCCCAGUUCCUGGGCCGCCUGCAGGGCCAGGAGGUGUCGGGCCUGGUGAGGGACGUGCUGGUGGCGCAGCACCUGGUGGUGCUGGAGCUGCCCUGGCUGCUGGCCCAGAUGCGCCACCUGGGGCUGGCCGGCCACGUCUCCCCCAGCACCUUCGCCGGCCUCCUCGCCACCUCCCUCGGGGCCCCCAGCAGCGCCCCACCCCAGGCGCCCGGGGGCCCUGCCGCUCCCCGCACCCAGGAUGGCCCCACAGCCCUGGACUACUUCUACCCGCAGCUGCAGAUGAGAGUGACGGAGCCCAUGCUGGUGACCCAGGUAUCCGACCCCUGCAGGAUAUAUUGUCAACUGCGCAGCCUCUCCAGAGAGAUCCAGCUGCUCUCGGACGCCAUGCGCCAGGCUUUCGAGGCCUCCGCUGGGAAAGACUUGCAGGAACCCCUGCCGGCCCCAGGAUCCCCUUGCGCCGCGCGGGGCAUCGAUGGCUGCUGGUACCGGGCCCUGCUGCUGAAAGUAGAUCCUCUGGGUGGCCCGGAGGAGCCGCUUGGAGAGGUGGCGCAGGUGAUCUAUGUGGAUUAUGGGAGGAAGGAAUUUGUGACAAAGCAAAACCUGCGCAAUUUGCCUGCUGAGUGUUUCCGAAUGCCGGUGGUGACCUAUCCUUGUUCAUUGCAAGGUAUUACCGAUGGAGGCUGUGGCUGGACCCGCUCUCAGAUAAGUCAGCUUAAAACAUUGCUGUUGAGCAAGGUGGUGCAAGCCCACAUUGAAGCCUACUGUCCCUUUGAGCACCUCUACUAUGUUACUCUCUAUGGAGAAGAUGGCCUGAACCUUAACUGCCUCUAUGGGGUCCAGGCCCAUUGUCUGGAGCAGAGCCUCCUUCACAGCAGUCAAGAGCAUUCCUCUGACUCAAUGGCUGAACUAAAGAAGGUAGGUGCCACAGCCAAGGAAGAACGUGCCUCUCUGUUGGGAGUUCAGUCCAUGCUUGCCGCUGACCCACUUCCUGUUGUGCGUUUGAAGGCUGGUGAGUACCACAGUGCUCAAGUGUCCUUCCUCCAGGAUCCCACAGACUUCUGGGUGCACCUGCAGGAGCAUUGCCAACCCCUCCGUUGCCUCAUACAGAACUUAAGUGACUUCUAUUCUCAGAGUAAAAAACUAGAGGGUAUUCUGCUUCAGCCCAAACCAGGAUCCCUGUGCUGUGUCGCAUUGAAGGAGAACUGCUAUCACCGUGCUGUUGUCACCAAGGUGCUGGGAAAAGGAAUUGAAGUUUAUCUGGUCGACAGAGGAAACACUGAAAUUAUUGACUUGCAUAAGGUGAAGGAAUUGCUUCCCCAGUUCAGAGAACUUCCUGCUGCAGCACUCAGAUGUGCAUUGGCUAAUCCUUUCCCACCAGGGCAGUCAUGGAGCCCAGAUGCUGUAGACUAUUUCAGGAAAGCCGUGCUAAACAAGGAGCUGGUAAUCAAGGUCUUAGGCAUGCAAGGGGACAUUUACAUAGUGGAAGUUUUUGAUCAUUCACUAGCAGGAGAAAAAAACUUGGGCAAAAUCAUGUCUCAACAGAAGUAUGCUGAGCAUCAUAAGGGUGAGGAAUUAGAGACUCUCCAGAAAGUGACCAAGGAGCCAUUGAGGAGCACGUCUGGAAUAGAGGGCAUAGGGCAGAAGCCUGUGAGAAAAUUUUUCCCCAAAGAUGAAAAUGAACCCUCGCCACAACGUCACAGUUCAGCCCCUUAUCCUACUGAAACUUUGAUCGUCAGGCAGCAGCCCAGUGAAGGUAGUUGCUAUUUGUCAUGGAAAGCAUUUGCAAAAGAGGAUUCUAGCAUUGCCCCAACCCCUUCACUCUAUGUUAUGCAAAACUACUCUGAAAUAAAGCCAGGGUUUUCUAGUGAAGGGCAUCUGGAAGUUGGAAAUACAGUAGAUGUGGUAGUAUCCUAUACAGAAAGUCCUAGUCUCUUCUGGUGUCAGCUAGCUAAAAGUUCCCAAGACCUGAGAGCACUUAUGGCUAAAAUUCAAGAUUAUUGUAUGCAUUCAGCACAACCCCGUGAAUGGCCAAAUUAUGUAUGUUUGGCUAAGUAUUCUGAGGAUGAGAAGUGGUACAGAGCUCUUAUUACUAGUAAAGUAUGUUGUGCUGAAGAGGUGGAAGUUGCAUAUGUUGACUAUGGGAACAAAGAGCAUGUUUCACUAAAGAAUGUCCGUGCAACUAAGACAGAGUUUCUGACGUUGAAAGCUCAAGCUUUCAGAUGUAGCCUUUACAACUUAAUUCAGCCAAAUGGUCAGGAUCCGUUUGUGUGGGAUGAAAAAGCCACUGAAGCUUUUCAUGAAUUUGUGGAGUCAGCAAGCACAUUAGAACUGAAAUGUACCAUAUUUGCUUUUGCAGCAUUAAACAAUACAGAUUUCAUCAAUAUUGUGGACUUGAUUACCCCUUUUGAAAGUGUGUGCCAUUUUUUAACAAAGAAGGGUCUAGCCAGAUGUGUGCAGCCUCAAAAACCUCUAAUAUCUUCUGUUCAUCUUCUGUCAUACUAUUAUUCUACACAUGACAUUAAAAUAGGAAGUGAAGAGGUGGUUUAUAUCACACAUGUUAAUGAUCCCUGUCACUUUUACUGCCAACUUGCUAGAAAUGCAAAUGUUAUUGGGCAGUUAACUACUAGUAUUGCUAAACUCAGCAAAAUGCAGUACAAUUUGGAAACAUCACAGGGCCCUGGAAAUGUGUAUCUUGCAAAGUAUAUGGAUGGCUGCUGGUACAGGGCAGUAGUAACUUCAGCAAAAGAUACCAAAGAAGUUUUCUUUGUGGAUUUUGGGAAUAGGCAGUUGCUAAAGAAUGGAGACUUGGUCCUAGUACCAAAUGAUGCUUAUGAGUUACUGCUUUUGCCAAUGCAAGCCAUAAAAUGCUCUCUAUCUGAUGUUGUUGAUGUUCCAAAAGAAGUUUCUGCAUGGUUUGAAAAAGCAGUACUAGAUAAGCCCUUAAAGGCUUUAAUUGUAGCAAAAGAACCUGAUGGAAAACUGAUCAUUGAACUCUAUGAUGGUAAGAUGCAGAUCAAUGCAAAACUGAAAGAGAGUUUGCAGUACAGCAGAGGGACGGCCAAAUAUACAAAAAAUGGAGCUUCAGCAUCCAGAUAUCUGCUCACCAGGGAACAAAACACUGAAAAAAGGCUAUCUUUGACAGAAAUGGAUAAACCAACUUUUGAGGACAAGAGGUGGAACAAUGAAAAUUUGGACAUAGUAGGCAGUAGCAAACACACUGUUGUAUGUAGAGAAGUAAGACAAUUUCAGCAGAAAACAAAAAGAGAGGUGACAAUUAAGCUUCCUGGACCAGUGGAAAAAAAUAAUGGAAAUGAUCCUGUAACAGGUAGGAGUCAUAGAGAUUCCAUGCUAAGAAGAGAAACUCCCCCUGAUAACUUGAAAAGCAGAAAUCAAUCUGAAACUAAUACACACUUUUCACUUAAAAAUAUUUGUGCUUUACCUCAAAAAAUCAUAAGCCUUGGUCUUAAAACUUUGGUGUAUGUUUCUCAUAUAAAUAAUCCAUCCGACUUCUAUGUUCACCUAGUAGAAGAUGAGCCCUUGCUUGACAGCAUUUCAGAGAAACUAAAUAAAUCUGAAAAUAUUGAGAGCCUGAAUGGGCAACAGCUUCACAUAGGAGACAUAAUGUGUGCAUUGUUUUCAGAAGAUGGCUUAUGGUAUCGAGCUGCAGUCAUUGAAAAACCCUCUGGUAAACUGGUGAGGGUGCAGUAUAUUGAUUAUGGCAAUACCGCACUGGUUAGCAUCUGCAAAACAGGUAGACUCCUUGAAGACUGUUCAUCAGUCCCAGUGAUGAGCAUUCAUUGUUCAUUGUAUGGAGUUAAGACCACAGAGCUUUCAGAAUGGACACAGGAAGCAGUGCUGUAUUUCUCCCAAAGGACAAGUGAUACUCAGCUAAAUGGCGAAUUUGUGGAGAAAACUGAAAGCAAAUGGAACAUUCAUCUCUGUGACAAAGAUGGUAAUAUAGCAGUGGAUUUGGUUGAUAAUUACCUUGAGUACAAACAACCUCCUUUGGGGGAAACAUCUGACAAAAUGGAGAGUGACACUGAUCUGAUAAACCUGUGUGAAGUUGCUGUUCCUGAUAAGUAUAUCAAACCUUUCAAUAUGUCAAACACCAAAUCCUUCCUCUGGAAGAUUCCUAAGGUGGGUCAAACUUUGAAAACCUUUUUGAUAGUUGCAAAGCACCCAGGAUAUUUUUGGUGCCAGUUUGCUGACUCAGAUGAUAUUGGUUUAAUUGAAACAAAGCUUCAGGAAGCUGGAGAGCUUAUGGGCAUAGAUGUUGAGGAUAUAAAAAGUGGCUGUCCCUGUCUAGCAAAGAAUAGUGAAGAUAAUACCUUUCACCGGGCAGUUAUUAGCAGUGUAGAGGGGGAAACCUUGAGUCUCAUUCAUAUUGACCAUGGAACCGAGGAACUUACCAGUGCAGAGAUGAUCAGGCAAAUUCCUGAUGACCUGCUGGUAAUACCACCUCAAGCAUUUCUUUGUUGUUUGUUUGGCUUUAACUCUGCAGAAGGUUUGUGGGCUGAAGGAAUAAAUAAGAUCUUCUGUGAUGUCACGGCAGACUCUCUAUUAGACACUACCAUCAUGAAAAAACAAAAUGAUGACCCUUUUGAAAUCCCCUUAUUUGUUGUUCAAUUGGAAUGUCAAAAAAUCAGCAUCAAUGAACAAAUGAAACCCUUUUGGAAGCCUCUUGUUGAAGACUGUGCCUUAACUUUGACAAAUAGUAUUCACAAACCUGAAGAACAGAUUAAAGAUGUAGGGACAGAUAGUUCAAAGGUGGUUAUAAAUGAAACCAAAGUAUCUGCCUGUACACUAAUGCCUUCAGAAGAUCUGUUACAUUGUUCAGAGGCAUUCCAACCGGCAGAUAAGUGUUUAGUUGCUACAGGGAGUGGUAAUUCAUUUGGAGCAUUUUCCCCAACUUCUUCACCCAAAUCUCAAACCAAGCACCACCAAACCACUUCUGAAGUACUUGACAUUGGAGACCAACACACUGUGUCUGGAACAUUUAAAAAGGGAACUGACUAUUCUGCAUUUGCAAAAGAAAGUGAUAUACCAGAUUUUGCAGAUGUUACUGAAACACAGCUUCCUAAUGGUGGUGAAUCUAAGAUGUUAGAACUAGAUUUGUUUGAAACUCUGAAAGAGACUGAAGGCCAAGCGGAAAUGUUAACACUGGAUACACGUGAAGUACGUUUAGCUGUGGAUGAAACACUGAGUGUGUCAGAUUUGGUGCCUAUUGAGGUGGUGACUUUAUCAGAUACAAAUCAGCUGCCUUUUCAACUGAAGGUGCACCCAUUUGGAGACACACUGGAUCUGGAGACAGUUGAAGUGAGCCCUCCCCUGUGUGAGGAAACACGAGAGAGAGCCGAAUUGGACUUGCUUGACAUGACACAUGCAGAAGGGGAGUUAGAACAGUGCUCUUCACUAAAGGAUAAAAGUGACUGUUUACUGCCGGAACCUGUUACACCUGAAGUGUAUCUUUUACAAGCUGGUGAAAUCAGGGAGGAUAUGUUGUUGGAGCUGCCUGCGGAUAAUGAAAUCCAGUUACCAUUUUCAGAAACUGGAUUCAAACUGCAAGACUUCUUUUGCCGUGAGGACAUUGUGGAGGUGUGUGAAACAGGACAAGAAAGUGAAGGUUACCGUUGUCUAGCAAGGCAAACUCUGCUGAAGAACCACAGUGAAACACAGAGGAGCCAUGAUGCGGGUGAAAGAUUUAAAGAGAGCAAUUUGGUUGGAGAGGAUUUUUUGAGAAGCACACUGCUAGAUGAAGAAGCAGUUGACAUUCCAAGUCACAGUACAGAAAAAAAUGAAACUACUUGCAACUUAAAUGGCUUUGAUAUUGGUUCCAAAUGCAUGGUGUGGUCUGGCAUUCAUUGGUACAAGGCUCAGAUUUUAGGCGUAUCUGCUGAAGGUACAAAGGUUUUGAAUCUUUCAAGUGGAAAUGAAGAGGUAGUAAGUCCUAUCAAUGUUUGGAAUCGGAUUCCUGAACAGGAUGCAAGUCCAACUGAGAUAUUAGACAACAAAAGGGAUACUGUGUAUUCAACUGUCAAGCCACCUGUUGGCACAGAAGAUUCACAGGGCCUCCCAAACACCCCAGAGGUGUGGGAUGUGAAGCAUGGCUUUGCCCCUCACGAACCUAUUAAGAGUUCUUUGAGAGUGUCAACAAGAACAUAGAGACGAUCCAGUUGACACAGCAUACCUGGAAUGUCUAAAAGCUUUUGAGAAAAUACCUUACCCAAAGACACCUGAGGAAGCUUAUGGUUGGCAGCUGUCUGUCUCGAGAGACAAUGCAGUGCACCUCCCGGGGCUGAAAAAAGAGAAGAGAAGCAAAGCAUAAACUUUGGAGCAGCAGCCUGCCUCGGCAUGGCACUCAUUUUCCUGGAGCAGAGGAGAAGAUCCCUGGAUGAGUUGCCCCAUUAUAAAGGGACCACAGUGAUAUAUCCCAUCCAAGGAGCCCCUCCUCUGUUGCAGGAAAAUAGAAUGUGGGAUUCAGCAUGAUAAAUUAAUUUUCUGCAGGGGGUGGGGAGGAUUUGGUUUGCUCGCCCAGCAAUUGGAGUGGGGAGAAGUGCUGUUGUCAGAACUGUGAAGCAGUUGGUCUACGUCUCCCCUGUUCUUUUGUUUCUUUGCUUUCAUCUCUGCUCAGUCUUGAUUGUUGCCUUGUCAUUCUCGGGUACUAUUCUGUUAGCUGUGGAACUUGUGAACGAGAGUUCUCUCCCACUCUCAAUUUUGCUGGAGUUUCAGAUCAGUAGAAUUAAAUUUAUUGGAACUGGUCAUAUGAAUAAAGUUCCUCAUGAUUUGAAUGACAACUGAUAUCAGAAAAAUUGUCUCU